AUGAAAUUAUAGAUGAAUUUAAUCAGAAAAAGAUUCAAGAAUUAAUCAAUAACUUGGAUAAUUUGAUUCAUAAUACUUUAUUAUUAAUUGAGUCUUCAAUAAAUUCAAAUCAAAAUUCAACUUCAAUAAGUUUAUAUCAAGAUUCAAAUUUGGAUAAAGGUACUAUUAUUGAUACUAUAUCUGUAGUAAAAUCAUUAUAUUUAUAUCAAAAUUCAAGUUUAGAUAAUUUAAAUUUAGAUAAUUUAAUAAAUAAUUAUAAUUAUAAUAAUAUAUCUGUAAUCAAAUCUAGUUUAAAUCAAGAUUUAAAAAUAAUUAAUCUAACUUUCAAAUAUUCUAUAUCUUAA